CAAACUCGAGGGGGGACAGCUCUUGUCCCUUCUACGAGUGGACACCCCUUGCAUGCACGUAGCGCAACUUUUCCUCAUUUACCUUCUCUUUCACCUCUUCCCUUGAUUCCCUGCCUCGGCGCCCCGCCACCUUCUCCGCGCCGAAGAUGCCAAGCUGGAACCGGCUACUGUGUCAUAGACAAGGCCCAUCGAAACCAAUGUCAGGCGUGUCGACUGAAGAAGUGCCUUCAGAUGGGCAUGAACAAGGAUGGUAAGUCACCGGCUAUCUCACGAGCCCGAACGAAUAAUGCCCCCUCCACUGCAUCAUUUUCAGGAUGGGAGGCAGGACCGGCCUGGGGCUGCACCUCCUCGGGCCGGCUCUCAAAGCAGCAGGAAGGGUGUCUCGCAAAGGUGCACAUGUGCUGA